AAUUGCCCCGCGUGCCCCGCGUGCCCUCCGUAUCUACCCCUCGCCCGGAAUCGUGGAUGCAGAUUUCUUCCCCAGGUCGAUGCUUAUUCUCGUGCAACGUGCUCCUAUGACUAAACUGGCCUACCCUCGUUGACAGACUUGCGAGGCGUCCGUCGUGAUGGACGAUUUCGCUAUAGACCCCACGAGUUUACAAUAUGUCGAUCCAGAGGGCGGCAAUACUUUCCAGAUGCCUAAAAGCAAUCUGCCACGCAAACGCAGGCUCGACACUUUGUUCGAAGAAUCUGGUAUUGACAUGACAACCGCGCUCUCCUUGAUACCCCCGGAACUGGACAGCGAUAUUCACAGCCUGAGCGAAACGAGCUUGGGGACAUUGACAUUCCCUUUUAACCAUGACACCAUCUCCCAAAAUCCCUGGGGACCUCAACAACAUACCGUCGAUGCGCUGAUUGACGCUUGCAUGUCACCACUGGCACGAAUCAGGGACGACCUGGUCAAGCUUUACUUUGUUCACGUACACCCUGUGUGUCCAGUGGUGGACGAGUAUACUUUCACCACCUUGUAUCGCUUCGCCAAAAAUGACGUGGACCUGUUGACCUACGUGGAGCUGCCUCUUCUCCAGGCUAUGAUGUUCACUGCCCUGGCGCAUGUCAGCCAGGCUCAACUAGACCUUACACCAUACAAGUCAGUCCAUGGAGCACAAAAGGCCCAUUUUGACUUCGCCCGUGCCCUGUACCGCCUCCAGUUCUCCACCAAGCCGUACGUGCUGGCGCAAGUCACCAUCUUGCUCACAUUCUGGAGUCCUUGCGACACCGAGCUGCAAGUCAACAGUUUCUGGUUAGAUCGUGCAUAUUGUCAUGCUCGCGAAGCGGCGGUUUGGAAUGCACAGACCAGUGCUGGGACCCCAGGUGAUCGACGCGCCAUCCUCUGGUGGUGUUGUCUCAUCCGUGAUCGGAUGCUAGCCACUGGAAUGCGAAGGCCUCACCGCCUCCACCAGGUACAAAAUGUACGUGGCAUGCUGACAGAGGAGGACUUUGGCUUGGAAGCACUACUACCGAGCUAUUCCUCCCGAGAGUCGAAGAAGCGGAUGAUCUCCGUAUUUCUGGCGUCUUGCAGGUUGAGCGAGAUCCAGGCCGACAUGGCGGAAUAUCAAAGUCGCUUUCGUUUCACGCGACAGUGGGAAACGGCCACAAGCCCGGGCAUUUGCGAAGCCGAAGAGAUGCCCUCGGUCACAAAAUUCGAGACCAGGCUGAAAGAGUGGAAGCGUGUCUUCGAAGAGGAAUGUCAUUCGAAUGCAGUAAGCGCUGGCGACAAUGCGUACGGCAGCACCGUGUGCUUGGUACGUCUCAUCGCAAGUGGCUUGCUGCUCAUCCUAUAUCAACCCUAUUUGCAGUGGUGGUCAUCCGUGCCCUUCGAAGCUAAAAACUUGUGGGAAUUGUCACUCCGCAAACUGAAAGAAGGAACCCAACAGGUUGUUGCCAAUGUUCAUCAGCUCCUUGCAAUUGCGUCUUUGGAGGCAGUCCCUGCUUUUAUGUAAGUCACCCCAAAUCACCUUCCCAAACCCUACACCGUCAGGCUCCUAUGCUAAACAUGCCUGAUAAGAACUUCGUGGAUCACCCUGCCAACCGCUGUCUA